GGCGAGGGAACGUUCCAUGCAGAUCGUCACUGCAUGAUAAGCUCUGCUGCCCGCCUUCCAAGGUUGGAAGACAUGGCAAAGCUGCCAGGCUGCUUCCUGAACAUCGUGCUUAUCGAACUUGGAAGGAGUGCGGAGUAAGAAGGGAGGGGCACUUUUUGACUGCUUGACCUAGCAACGAAUGUCAACAGCAGCAGCCCGUAACUGCCAUGUGGCUCAUCAGUGAGUCUGCGCCGUCUUGCCCUGAUGCUUCUCGCCGUGGUUUUGUCUUCCAUUUGGGACACAACUUUGAAGUCCCACAACUUGUGUCGCCUGUCAACUGUCAACCCGUCCAUGUCGCAACACCACUCUCGGUCUGAUCACCAGCUCUACUGCCUUUUGAACAGUCUCCAAAGUUGUUAGCCAGGAUACAAACAUGGCAGAAAUGAAGGGGUUGGGUGGGAUCGAGAUGGCCCAGGCCAACAGCCGCCAGCACGACGACAUGGAGGACAUCAAGCCGUCCGCGGGCGAGAUCAAGGAGGUCCAAGGCGACUCGCACUUCUACGAGACCAUCACCGCCUCGCCCCUGGACCCGUGGUCCAAGACCAGCCUGCAGCUGUACCUGAUCCUGCUCGUCGCCGCCCUCAAUGCCACCUCCUCUGGUUUCGACGGGUCCAUAUUCAGCUCCAUCAACGCCAUGGACCAGUACAAGAAAUACUUCAACCACACCGAGCUGGGUGGGAGCACUGGAAUCAUCUUCAUGAUCUACACCAUCGGAAACAUGGUCGGCUCGCUCUUCACCGGCCCCAUCUGCGACUGGUUCGGCAGGCGGGCGGGCAUGGCCAUCGGAUCGUGCCUGAUCAUGGCCGGGGCCGCGGUGCAGACCGCAGCAAGGGACGACGGCUACCUCCUCGCCGGCCGCUUCGUCCUGGGCUUCGGCGUCUCCAUCGGCACCAGCGCAGCCCCGACCUACGCCCUCGAGCUGGCCCCUCCGCAGUGGCGCGCCAGGAUCGUCGGCUACUACAACACCUUCUUCUACACCGGCUCCAUCCUCGCAACAGGCGUCGCGUACGCCAGCAACAAGGCCCGCGGCGAGCUGGCCUUCCGCCUCCCCCUGGCCCUGCAGCUCGCCCCGCCCCUCCUCAUCGUGGCCGGCUGCUUCCUCAUCCCCGAGUCCCCCCGCUGGCUGGCGAUGUGGGGCCGGCGCGACGAGGCGGCGGCGGUCCUGGCGCGGUACCACGGCGGCGGCGACGCGGCGCACCCCCUCGUGAGGCUGGAGCUGCGCGAGUUCGAGCGCGGCAUCGAGACGCAGCGGUCGUCGGUCCGAGGGAUCCUCGACUUCCGGCCCCUCGUGAGCACGCACGCCGCGCGCUGGCGCUUCCUCAUGAUGGCGCUCAUGUCCGUCCUCGCGCAGCUGUCGGGCAACUCGGUGCUCACGUACUACCUGCCCAGCAUGCUGACCCUCGUCGGCGUGACCUCGACCGAGCGCCGCCUCCUGCUGACGUUUAUGAACUCGAUCGUCUCGUGCGCCGGCGCCCUGGCCGGGUCGGCCACCAACGACGCCGUCGGGCGCCGCACCAAGCUCUGGGCCGGCAGCGUCGUGCUCGCGGGGCUGUUUGCCGGCGUCACGGGGGUUUCGAGCCGGUUCUCGGGGAAGGGGGUUGCGGACGGUGACCCGGGCGCUGCGGUCACCAACGCCGGCAUCGCCUUCAUCUUCUUGUUUGGGUGUGCUUACUCGUUCGUGUACACCCCGCUGACGGCGACGUACUGCGCCGAGGUGUUGAGCAACCCCAUGAGGGCCAAGGGGAUGGGCAUCCACGUAAUCCUCUCCAACUGCGCAAACCUCUACAACACCUACGUCACCGCGGUGGCGGUCGAGGCCACCGGCUGGCACUACUACCUCGUCUUCGUGGGGCUAAACCUGGCCUACGCCGCCGUGUGGUUCCUGCUCGGCGUCGAGACGCGCGGCCGCACCCUCGAGGAGCUGGACGCCGUCUUCGAGGCCCCGUUCCCGCCCCGCGCGGCGCUGAAGAGGACGGUCAUGGUGAGGAAGGGGGAUGGGCACCUGGAGGGGUUGCCGCCCGCUGCGGGACAGGGACAGGGACAGGGACAGGGACACCACGCGGCGGCGGCGGCGGCGGAGGAUACAUGACUAUGAACUAUCAUUAUCCUCGUGGGGUUUUGUUUGUUAUAUAUGUGUGUUAUGUAGGAUGACAACUUGCGCGCAGAUUCAACGAGAGAGGGUUUCCUCGUUUU